AUGGAUAAAGUAGAAUCUGAAUGCGUUCUCUGCGUUUAAGAGGCUGAAAUCAUUGCAUUGGGCCAUUGUAAUCACAAGACUUUCUGCUAUUAAUGCAUGAUCAAAAUGAGAGUCAUUAGCAAAAUCAAAGCCUGUCCUAUUUGCAAACAAACCUUGGAUAAAAUAAUUCUCACAGAUAAUCUCUAGGCUCAAUUUAGUGAUUAUUCUAUAAGCAACCUGAUGUCUAUCAAUUAUUCCGUAACUAAUCACUUUUAAAUAUUUUCUAGAAAGAUUCAAAAGAUGUUUUCUUCACAGAUUCAGCAUUAAUCAAGGAAAAAAUAGAAGGUUUGAACAGUUUUAAAUGUCCAUUCCAAGAUUGCCAAGCUGAUUAACAGAUAAGUAACUUCAACCAAUUAAAAUUACACUUAAAAGUUGAGCAUUAGCGUUUCUAUUGGUAAUCAUAUUUGGUAUAUUUAAAUAGUGAUGUGUGCAUCGAGUAGAAGACUUGUUUCCUGGGAGAAUAACAAUUAUACUCAGAAUAUUAAGUUAGACAUCAUAUAAAUUAUGGGGAUGUGGAUGAAGAUUCAAAUAUCAUAUUUAAACAUCCCUUUUGUAAAUUUUGUAGAAAACAUUUUUAUGAUGAAGAUAAAUUUAAAUAACAUUUAAAUCUUGCUCACAUUAAUUGCAGUUUAUGUGAAAAUAUGAAACUCACUUUCUAUAAAGAUCAUGGAAGUUAUGAAAGACAUUUGAAGUUGUCACAUCAUUUGUGUGAGGAACCAGAAUGCAAACAAAUGUUAGUCGUUUUCAAAACUUAAUGUGAGUUAGAUAUGCAUAAACAAAUUCAUUGCAAUGAUCCUAGAAUUAAAAAGAUGUCUAACUUAAAUGUGUAACAAAUAGCAGGAUUCUAUGACGAUUCUAAAUAAAAAAAAUAACUUAAUGAUAAAGAAGGAGAAGAUUUCACAGAUCAGUUUAUUUCCCUUGAGUAAACCAAGUUAAAAGCUGUGAUUCAAAUUGAUCAACAUAAAGAUGAGAACAUUGAUUUUAGAGAAUACUUGUAUGUGGACUAUAAUGAUGAAUAAGACAAAAUUAGUGAUUAGAGUGAAAAAAUGCAUUCAUAAUAAAAUAUUUGUUUAGAGGAUUUGCAAUUGAUUAAACCAUAUACACUUCCUCAUAUGAAGUUUCAAUCCUUUAUGGCAAAAUGUGCCUAAUUCUUCAAAGGCUAGAAAAAUAAGGAAGAAUCAUUAAGAAAAUUAAUUUAACUAUUUGAAACUGAUAAAAUGAGCGCAGAACAUUAUGUAAAUAGCUUCAUUUAAAUGUUUGAACCUAAAACAGGAUUACGAUUAAUUACUUUUUAUAUGGCUAUGAAAGAUGUGAGAGAUAAAUUUGCGAAAAUUUUAGAUGAUGCUUAUAUGAAGGAGUUGAAAGCAUUGCCAAGAAGGAGUAAUCCAAUCAUAAUUGUAUGUAAAACAUAUUCAGAAUUAUUUAUUAAAUUAUUGGACGAAUUAAAUAAAAAUCUAAUCAAAAGAAUUGAAGAUGGGGAUUUGGUUUAGUAUUAAGAUACCAUUAUGCCCAAAGAAAGAGUAUUUUAAUUGAUUGAAGUUUUGAGACAUGUAAAGACGUCCGAAAUGGGAAAAUUCAAAUUUGCUUUGAACUUUGGUCUCAGCACAUAAGUAUUAGAACAAAUCAAACGUAAAAUUCUUUUAGAUGACAUUUCAAAAAUUUAAUGUAAAUAAUCUCAUUACUUAUCAAUUAGAACACAUAUCCUCCAUAUCAAAUCAUGAUUUAGUUCCAUUUUAUCUUUAUGUGAAUUUGAGUAUGAAGAUUUUAAGAGGAGAACAAAUUCACAAAGAAAAGAAAGAUCUCAAUGAAUGUGUUUACUAUGAAUUCUUCCAGAACAAUAAAAAACUAUACAGUUUGAUCAAGAAACCAGAUAAUAGUGAUAUUAACAGACAAAACCUAUUAUAGAAAUAAAAUUAACUAAAUAGAAAUGGAAUUGAAAUGAAUGCAGCUGAUUUUCCUUCUUUACGUAAUUCUUAUUCUAAUUUUCAUAGCUAAAGCAGAGAAAUAGGAAUAAAAAUUAGAGUAGCAAUUUUAUGUCAAAUAAAAUGAACCCCAGCAAUAAUAACAAUAAGUAAAGAAAUCAAAAUAAAGACAAUAACAAAAUCAAGCCAUUGGGAAGUGGUAAAAUAGUGGAGCAGCCAUUUUUUAAAAUCAAGCUGCAAUUGAAGAUCAAUUCCCCAGUCUGGCUUCUAACACUAGUACUAAUUAAUUAAAUGUAUUUUAGCUUAAGCACCUUCUAAAAAUGUUAAAUCUAAUAAUGGACAAUUUUAAGAUGAUGACUUUGUCCCUUUAGCUGAUUAUAAAGUGACUAAAUAAAAUGAAGAAAGUGAAUGGGAUAGUAAUCCAAUAAUACCAGUAACAUUAAAAUCUAUAUAUUAGAAAAAAAAUACAUAAAUGAAAGAGGUUGCCUAAAUAAAGAAAAAGAACAAAAAUAUUGUAUAGAUUUCAGGUGGUUUUAGAUGAUUUGUCUUGUAAGUCGAAUGAUGAAUUGAUUUGCUUUGGGGG